GGAAGAAGGAAGUGUAUAUGUGGAGGAAGUGGAGACUCGAGAAGCUGCAGGGUGAGCGUUUGUGUCAGUGCCUGCUGAGCAGACCCGGAGGACACUGACCAUGGCAAGUCCCAUGAAAGAAGGAAUCCUGCACAUUCUGCAGUAUAAGUUUGGCAUGAAAGUUUGGAAGAAGAACUGGUCCCUAUUGUACCCAGCAAGUUCAAACAGUAUUGCCAGGCUGGAGCAGUUUGACAUAAAGGAUUGGACCAACACUCCUGAGAGGCAGAAUACAAAACGAGUGGAAAGGAUCAUCCGUUUGUCUGACUGUAUCAGCAUCAAUCAGAACCAGGUGGAAAACCCUCCAAAAGAGACAGCAACAUUUAGCAUUAUCACCAUGGAGAAAACUUACAUCAUGGCAGCUUCGAAACAUGAUGUAGUGGACUGGGUCAAGUGCCUAUGUGUAUUAGCAUUUCAGAAUACCAGUACAAAAAAACCAGAUGAAGAUAUUUCUGCAUCCAGGGCCACAUUGCCUGGUAACUCAUUAAUAAUGGAAGAAAAUGAACUUUAUUCAACAAUACCUCAAGCUGUAAAUCAAUUCACUGUGACGGUACAGAAGACUGAAGCUUCAAUGAGAUGUGAGCUUCAUGGAACCUAUGUGUUAAUACCAGGCAAAGACAGCCUGAUUCUGAAAGAUCCCAGAACAAAACAAGAUGUCUACAAAUGGCCUUAUAACUAUCUUCGCCGAUAUGGAAUAGAUCAGGCAACUUUUACAUUUGAGGCAGGAAGAAGAUGUGAUUCAGGACAAGGACUUUUUCUAUUCGAAACAAAAGCAGUCAAAGAAAUUUUCCACAUUAUUGAUGCAGCAGUGAAGGAAAAGGAGUCCAAGAAGAAACAGCAGCGAUUAAGUUUAACCUCAGAUAGCUCUGAGGCUUCCACAGCAUCCAGUCGACAACUGCUAAGUGUAGCAUCCCUUGCUCAGGAAUCUUCUGGUGAAAAAUCGUCAUCAGGUGGAAGAAUGCCUCCCACAAAGGGCACAGACUCAAAUCGAAAGGUUAAGAAGAGAAAAGAAAAUCGCGAUCGUAAAGGCAAUACACCUUCUGGGGCUAAAGGAGCUGAAAGGAAUCUUCCUACAACCAGUGAUUGGGAGGGUGCAGGUGAAAUAGUUUAUGCUACUGUCAAAUAUCCGAAAGGAAAACCAACAAAAGUCACUGUGGAUGAGUUGACAGUUAAUUCUACAACAUACAGAGAUAGUUACAGUGAUGACUCUUCUAUAGACCCAGUGUAUGAGAAUGUUUCCGAUAUAGAAUCCCUGCUGUCAUUCGAGGAAGAACCAUCUUUUCUCAAAGACAUACAAAAGUCAACCUGUGAAAAUUCACAGAGUAGUUUUGAAGACCAGAACCCUCCUUCUCCUACAGAUUCUGUCCCAGAUUAUGAGAACAUUGCAGUUGAACACAAUCAGUUGACUUCUGAACGUGAUCAUGAUGAAGGGCCUGCAGCCAGGGAGGAAGCUGAGCCACACCAAGCUCCUCCUGGGGCAAAACACAAGGAAAGAGAUGCUUCCUUAAGCUCCGGAGCCUCUAAAGCCACAAAGGCAAAAUUUCCAGCUGGUAUCCAAGAGGUUCUAACUGAUCUGUACUCCAAAGAAUUAAGUAAAGCACGAGAAGGCAAACUGGAGAAGCUUGGCAGAUCAUCUGAGCUGCAGAGAAAGUAUUGAACUGGGGAUGUGGGUGGCUGUGGGAUGGUGGGGGCAGGGCUGGGUGAGUUAUGUAGUCAAAUGAUUAUUGAAAUAGAAAUAAUUUCUCUAACAGUGUUUAUCAUUUUACAGACAUUCAAUGAUUACUUCUUAAUAUUUAUCAUUUUCUCUAGUGAAUCUGUAAGUGCAGUCCGAGUAACAUGAAGAGGUACGUCUUUUUGACCAUCGUUAUUGUUAUCUACAGCUUGACAAAGGUCAGCGGGACAGGCAGGAAGUUGGAGUGAAGAUCAUAAUCAGAUCAGUCAAGGUCUUGUUGACUGGCAGGGCUAAAUGACCUACUCCAACUUUCUUUGGCAACGCCUAGUUUCUUCAUGUCUCUAGGCUCUAGGAGAAAAAGAAUUAGUGACUGUACAGGAGCUGGCAGGUUCAAGGAAGGGAACUCCACUGCCUUGUGUUUCUCACAGCCUGGUGCCACUAUUCAUUAUGUGUAGGGCCUUGACCUUACUGAUAACCAGCUGUCACUAUAGGCAACUGGAAGAAACCUAAAACAAUAAUAGAGAUUGCUGGGAAAGCUCAACAGAUCUGGCAGCAUCUGUGAGGAGAAAAUCAGUUAACAUUUCGGCUCU